CUAAAAGAGGUUGUUUGUCAAAAUCAUCGCGAUCUAAAAGACAGCCCAAAACUCCCUCCUAUGGUUUGCCGUUGAAGCAAGACAAGUGUAAUUGAAAUUACUGGAAUUACAUUUCUUUAAAAGUAAACUUUCAACUGCAGCUGUGCAGAUUCAUGGAAUUGUAGUAGUGGGACAUUAACAUGGGAAUCUUUAAGGAGAAGAAGAAAAAUGCAUCUCCAUCAGCUACCUCACCGUGUUCUCAACUCAGAGAAGCUUACCAUAAUUGCUUCAACAGGUGGUAUUCUGACAAAUUCUUGAAGGGUGAGUGGAAUAAAGAGGAGUGUGUUAUAGAGUGGAAGAAAUACAGAGAUUGUCUAUCUGGUGAUGUCAAGUGUUGGAUCUUGGCUACUGCACGGUCGGGCGAACUUUGGACAUAGGAGAACUGCACCUGUGACAACUGCCAUGGAAAUAAGGAGGCAAACAGAUGCAAUCUUCGCUACUGGAGAAAAGGUAUCACCAUAAUCAAGAUCAUAAAUCUAAGUAUAUCCCUUGGCUACUAGUCUAGCUUUGAGAAGAUCAACCUUUCCAUCAAUACCCACACCUUGAUAGUAAAUAACCAGCGACAUCCAAUUGUUGUUUUGCUUGGUGGUAAAGGAACUAUCUCCCAAGUUCCACUAUUAUGAAGAACAGUCAUUUCCUCCACCAUAGCCUUAGCUUUAGUAUUUCUUGGUGAUCCUUAAAGGAGAGUGAAGAGCUUGCACUUUUUGUUACUUGGUUAAGUUUUGUCUCGUUGGAAAUUGAAAAUAGAGGCUUGAAAAUGA